AUGGCUUCAAUGUUCUGUGCAAUCUCUUUUGUUAAAGAAAUUUCAACUCCAAAUAAAUUUACUUCCGGAACUGCAAUUUACAGAGCAGGUGAUGAUGAAUUUGUAGAAUAUAAGUUUAAAGCUUUCCGAUCUGAACAUACACCUUUAAUCGAAGAAAUAUGGAAAAAAACGAUAGCUCUAAUUGUUGGACGAUUUGCCUUCGAAAAUAACCAGUUAAAUGUAACAAUUAACCAAUACAUUCCUUUAAAUGUCUGCUCUCUCGGAGAUGACCCUACAAUUUAUGAUCUCCCAAUUGCCCCUGCAUUCGGAUUCUUCACAGCACCAAUACAAGAUCCAGCAGUAACAGAAAGCGGCCAAGACAUAUUUCGACUAAAAAGAGAAGUAUACAAUGGCGUUACUGGAAAUCAGUCCACCUUGUCUAUUCUUUGUAAAUACCCACUUCAUAGCAGACAUACAAACGUUGCAGAUGCAACUACUCGUCGGCCCAUCUUUUCUGUUGGUGGCGAACUUGUGCCUCUAGCAAAAUCUGCUUUUAUUUUAUGUGAAACUAUUGAAUGGAAUUACCCUAUAGCUUCACCUAAUGCUCAUUCUACUUAUGAAAAUAAUAAUCACUUAAACUAUAAUAAUAAGCGAAAAAGACAAGUAGAGCGAAUUGCUGAAAAAUUUCACUCACAUUCAAGCACUUCCAACAACACCUAUAAAAACAUAUCACAAAGACACCCACGUCAAAAUAACUCAAAACCUACCACUCCUAGUCUUAACUCUGAAAAUUUAAGAUUUAAUAAUUUACAAACUACUCUAGAACAAGUUAGAGGUACAUAA